CCUGGACUCUGGGAUCUUGAUAGCCAGCUUGGAUGAAGGAGGGUGGACGGAAGGUUAAGAACAGAUUUCUGAAACUGGAGAAGCAUUCAGACACAUCUGAGAAGCCUGUUCCCUCUUUUCCAAGAGCUCAUGCUGGAUUUAGCUGUAGAGGAGAAAAUGCUCGACAAAAUGGGAGGUGUGCACAUAAGGAGCAUCAUGCAGAUUGUGCUGUCAGCUCUGCUCCUUUGCAGGACUGAGUCGAUGGCCUUGGAAAAUGCUCACAUUCUGCCAGCUGAAGACUCCAAGUUGGUUCUGAACUGGGAUCAGAAAGAUUACCCUGCUGACUGUUCUGAGAUAUUCUUAAGUUCUAAUGGUGGUGCGCGGGAUGGACUUUACAUGAUCCAGCCCAUGAAAACUAUUAUUGUGGUGUUCUGUGACAUGCAGGACGGAGGAUGGACAGUCUUCCAACACAUCACGGUAAACAGCAGCGUGGACUUUGACAGGACCUGGCAUGACUACAAGCUGGGGUUUGGGGCUGUUAGUGGAGAUCACUGGCUUGGUAAUGAGUACCUGUACCAACUAACCAACAGGGGCGGGGUGCACAAACUCCGCAUCAAGCUUGUCGAUAUGGAUGCGGUGACUAAAGUAGGGGACUAUGAUCCAUUCAUUGUGGAAUCAGAGGCCUCCCAGUAUAAAAUCCGACUGGGCCUAUACAAGGGGAAUGCAGUAGAUGCUUUGACUCAGGACACUGAGGCCUACCUUCAUGAUAACCAGAGGUUCACCACUAAAGACCAAGAUAAUGAUAACUACUUCCAGAACUGUGCUAAACUGGAAUACAUGGGUGUGCCAGGGGGCGGAUGGUGGUAUGAUGCAUGUGCUGGGGCCAAUUUAAAUCGAAGGAAUGUCAUUUAUUGGCAGAAAGAUUGUAACAAAGAGCACCUGUGCAAGUAUGCCUGGAUGAUGGUGAAGCCUUCAGAAAAGAUGGUGCCUGCUAAAUCUGAAAACUGUCGACGGGAUGAACUCUAAAAAACAAUUUAGCUGGCAGCAGGAGCCCCUGAAUUAUAGCUUUGUAAUUAAGAGCUCAUGCUUAAGUAAUGAAACAUUUAAGUAUCCAUCUACUAAAAAAAUACAUUUUGGGUAUACUGUAUUUAGAUGGUGUUUGGCAGGGAUGAAAGCAUGAAACUGAAAGGAUAAAAUACUAAACAUUGUAAAAUACUCUGUGUCAGGCUCUUUUUUAAUAACCUGUUUCCUCUUGUAU